AUGUUCAGCGGAUGUGAUAAGUGGGAAAUAUCUGAUGACACAUUGGUUGCUCAAGCUGCUAUUUUUCUGUUGGCGGGAUUUGACACUUCGGGGACGGCUCUUGCUCUUAUUAUUUAUGAGUUGGCGUUCCAACCAGAGAUACAGAAUAAAUUAUAUGAAGAACUAAAGGGAUUUGGCAAAGAAGAUUUAGAAGUUACGAAAUUAGCAGAGGCUGUGUAUCUUAACUGUGUGAUUAAAGAACUCCUUAGGAAGGUUCCUCCGAUGGGCUGGAUAGACAGGGUAGCCCUAAGUGAUUACAAAGUUGACGAUAAUCUUGUAAUCCCAGCUGGAACACCUGUUUACAUCAACGCCAACGGAAUGCAUUACGAUCGAGAUUAUUUCCCAGAUCCAGAAUCAUUUAAUCCUGAUAGAUUUUUGCCUGAGAACGAGAUAAAACAAUUCACGUACUUGCCUUUCGGUGAAGGACCACGUAUUUGCAUAGGUCAAAGAUUUGCCUUAGUGUCUAUGCGACAUGCUCUCACCAAACUGGUGCUCAACUUUACCUUCAAGGCACUACCAGGAACCCCGAAACCUUCUGAAAUUGAAUUUGAGAAACGAGGAUUAUUUCUUAAUCCAGCGGAACAUUUAUAUGUUGAUUUUAUUCCAAGAGACAUAAAAACUUAAAUUAAAAAUACACAAUAUAUAAAUAUAUGAUAAUAAUAA